CAAACAGACCUUGUUUUACUCCAGGAUGUCCCGUAGGAAACAGGCAAACCCACAGUAUGUUCACGUGGACGCGCAUCACAUCGAUCGUCCUUUGGAAAAUGUCCCCAACUCAACUUGUGACGUCCAUAUCUGUGAACAAUGCUGUGCUGAAUUUUGCAAUAUAACAGACCUCCAUCAACACCAGAAAGGCUGUUCAAAAGAUCAGUUAGUUCUAAUAGAAUGUGAUGAUGGAAUUCCAAACUCUUUACCUUACACUCACAAUUCAAGUUUUUCAAUCUUCAAUUCUGAGGAGCAAGUAAAUGGUGCAACAAGUGAUAACAAUACAGAGGAACUUUGUGACUUUUCUAAUGAUGGAACAUCAGAAGGAACUGAUGGAUCUAUAAACAUAUAUGAAAACAGCAGUUACUACAUUGCCACGAAGUCCCAUUCACAUCAUGAUAAUGGAAACGAUGAUGCUGAUUGCUUUAGCUCAGCAUACACAACUGUCAUACCUCAAGAUGUUUCCUUAAUUGAGUCAUGUAAAUUAUCAGUCACUAAGAGCAAUGUCUUCAUUGAGAACCUAGAAAACACCAAGGUUGCUGUCGCUCAGUUCGCACAGGAAGCUAGUUUGAGUUCAAAGGCUAACUGCAAGAACACAAGCAACAGCAAAAUGGCUGCCUCUGGUCUGAUCGAGCAGCUGUUAGCUUUGCAGCAACAGCAGGUGCAGCAACUCAAAUUAAUUGAAGAAGUUCGACACCAGAUAAUCCUAUUAACAGCUCAAAAUUCAGACACACCUGUAGCCAAAAACACUUGUGAUGGUCUUUCAGGAAUCUCUCAAACCGGUUCACUGAUAAAGCUCAGCUUACACCUUUCUGAACAGCUCGCAGCAUCUGCUGGGCUAGCAGAAAAAUUAGUAAGCAAGUCUGCUAAUAUUAGCUAUGCUAAAGAGUCUAAACAUAUUAUUUCACAGACCAACCAAGAUGGCUCAAGGUGUCAUAAAGUAAACUCACAAAUGACUGAUAAAAAAGGAGAUAACUCAUUGUCAUCAAAAGUUGGUAGUGAUCUAAUUAGUAACCAAUCUUUGCAAGGUAACACAGCCAGUGAGAAGGUUUCUGGAACUACUCAUUUAAAAGUGCCUUCAACAUCUCCUGCUUCGUUUAUAGAUAGGAUUCUAAACAAACAUGAUUUGCCUCAUAAACAGAAUGAUAUUAAUGAAUGUGCAAACUCCUUGCCUAGUAUCGGGGCAAUUGUUGAGGACUUGAAUGCUUUGACUGCAUUAGUCCAGCAGAGGAAAGGAAAACCACUCAAUGUGACUUUAUUGGAAAACAAAAAGCCAUCUGAAGAUUGUUUAUUUAAGCAGAAAUGCAAGUUCUGUGCAAAAGUAUUUGGAAGCUCUAGCGCUUUGCAGACACACCUGCGGUCUCAUACUGGAGAGCGACCUUAUAAAUGCAACAUAUGCAGAAAUCGAUUUUCCACUCGUGGAAAUCUCAAAGUCCACUUCCAGCUCCACAAGCAGAAGGAUCCUAACAAACAAAUGAAUCCUCAUCCGGUUCUGGAGCACUUAGACAAUGUCCCAACCAGCACAGGUAUUCCUUAUGGCAUGUCUCUACCUCUUGAAAAGCCUGGCCCUACAUGGCUGGAGGACAAACACUUAGUGGGUUACUCUCUUGGCUUUAUGUUUCCAACAUCUUUGCCAAGUCUUCCACACAUUGUUAAAAAACAGGAAGAUGUGAUAUCAAUAACCAAAUCACAUAGUCCUGUUGUCAAUGUGGUGUGUGAGAGAAAUAAUGGGCAAAAAGAGUGUGAGAGAAAUUAUGGGCAAAAAGAGGUAUUUAGAAGUAGCCCUCCUCUAACUUCAUCCGAGAAAUUUCGGGAGGGUAGUCAAGCCUUGAGUGUUUCUACAUAUGUAAGCUCCUCAAAGGAAAGUUCAAGAGACCAUGUUGAUUCUGAUACCACUGUCAAUUCAAGCUUACAAUGUCAGCUAAAAUUGAAGCAGCUUGAAACCAAAUUUCUUUUGGGAUGUCUUCCUGAUCCUACAGGAGCCUCAGAGACUUCAAAGCUGGAGCAGUUGGUGGAGAACAUAGAUAAGAAGUCCUCUGACCCCAAUGAGUGUAUCAUCUGCCACCGGGUUCUUAGUUGCCAAAGUGCCCUUAAAAUGCACUACCGCACCCAUACUGGAGAAAGGCCAUUUAAAUGUAGAGUGUGUGGAAAAGCCUUCUCAACCAAAGGCAAUCUCAAGACACACUUCAUUAUUCAUCGUUCCAUGCCUCCCCUUGGAGUACAGCAUUCAUGCCCAGUAUGCAGAGAAAAGUUCACAAAUACAAUGGUACUACAGGAGCAUAUCCAUAUGCACAUGGGUGGUCACAUCUUUAAUAUCCCACUGCAUGAGAAUAUCUGCUCAGUGCCCAUGCACCAGCACCCUGACUCUGUAGAAGAGAGGAACAUGGAAGUGGGUAGCUUCUCUAAUGUAAACAUGGCAUUUAUGGAAGCUGUAUCGGAUUCAAAGUGCUCGGACUCAUUACCAGACAGUUUAUCAUCUUCUCCUGCUUCUUCUGACUUUUCCAAACCAACAGGAUCAGAGAGUCAGAUGACUAUCUCACAUGUGGAUGACCUGUCAGACAACAGGUCGAAAACUAUGGAGAAUGGAUCAAUGGAUAUAGACUACUUAACCUAUAUAUCAUCUUCACUAAAAGGGAACCUUGGUGGUCAAAGCAGAAAAAUGUCAAUCCUCACUGAGACUCCAUCCUCUUGGGAACCCUCCUCUCCCUCUGUUCUUAAAAUACAUGGAUACACUAAAAAUAACAGACAAAUGAUAUCUGCUGAACCAAAUGGCUCAAGUCUUUCACCGCCAAAUCUUACAGAGUUCAAACUAAUAGAUGGAACAUCUGAAGAUGUCCCAAAAGACAGCAUGACCAUGACUUUAUCCUUCCAUGAGCGGGGAUCGCUGAAAACCAAUGUUUGUGAUAUCUGCAACAAGACAUUUGCUUGUCAAAAUGCUUUGGACAUUCACUAUCGAAGUCACACUAAAGAGCACCCAUUUGUCUGCACUGCUUGCAACCGAGGGUUCUCAACCAAAGGCAACCUUAAACAGCACAUGCUCACCCACCAGAUGCAAGACUUACAUUCACAGUUGUUUGAGCCUGCAAAUCUGAUCCGGAUUUUUCCACCAAACCAGUUUCUACACACCACUGAUCCAAUCAUUACCUCAAAACGAAUCGGACUCAAUAAGAUCAUUGAAAAAGAUUCUAAAGAUCCUGCAGCUGGUAUAGCUAGUGCUUACGCUUCUACAUUACUCACUCAGUCUACAUCAAAAUUAACAGCAGCACCACUUCGACGAACAGCUAAACAGCACUUCUGCCACACUUGUGGAAAGACCUUCUCUUCUUCGAGUGCACUGCAAAUUCACGAGAGAACCCACACCGGUGAGAAACCCUUCACCUGCAACAUAUGUGGACGUGCAUUUACCACGAAAGGAAAUUUGAAGGUUCAUAUGGGAACCCACAUGUGGAGCAGUUCUCCAACCAGAGGAGGUCGCAGGCUUUCUGUUGAUGGCUGUUUUGUUGGAUACAACCCUGAGAGAUUUCACUGCCCAAAAGACACUACCCUGAAAUAUGUUGUGGGCAGAGUGAAAAAUGGGGACUCCAAAUGCCUCUGGAGUCAGUAUGCCUCUGGUAAGCAGAAGGUUGUCGGUUAGAUCCCCAGUCACCACCAUUGUGUCCUUGAGCAAGGCACUUAACUCCAGGUUGCUCCGGGGGGAUUGUCCCUGUAAUAAGGGCACUGUAAGUCACUUUGGAUAGAAGCGUCUGCCAAAUGCAUAAAUGUAAAUGUAAAAUGUUUCUGUCUGUCAAUCACACUAUCCAUACACCACACUAUCAGUCAUACCGUCUUUUGACUUCCAUUCCCUAAUACCCUAGCAACCAGAUGGAAUACCCUAGCAACCAUAUAGCAACACAUGACUGAAAUGUUUCUCAUGAUCUUAAAAAUCUUUUGAUUUGAAGGCAUAUGCUUAAAUGUUUGAAAUUAGUUUUGUAGACAAAAAUAUAAUCGUGCCAACAUAUUUGUUUAUUUAAACAAAACAAAUAAUUUACAAAACAAAUUUAAUGAAAUAUAUAUUUUUGAAAAAGUUUUUGAAAUUGAUGACUUGGACCGAAUAAUUAAGAAAAGCAGCCACUGAGUGCCCAACAUUGAUGGGAACUUCUUCAGUACGGUUUAAAAGCAUCCCAGGGUGAUACCUCAAGAAGUUUCUGGAGAAAAUGUCAAGAGUUCAUGUCUACAAAUUCUAGGCAAAGGGGGACUACUUUGAAAAUGCUCAAAUAUAACAUAGUUUUGAUUUAUU